AGUUUUCAACUUACUAAUCACUCUAACAGCCAAAAUUGCAUCAAAACAAUCUCAAUCUCUCGCCUAAAAUUCUAAACUAGGAUUUUUUUUUUCUUUUUCCAUUUAAAUUUCUUCUGCUUAAAAACUUCCAUUUUUGGCAACCCAAUUACAUGGCUAAGCAUUUGAGUUUGAGCGCUUGUUCGUCUUUUUUAGCAGCAGUCAAAAUUAAGGAUGGAGGAACUUGUUUCUUGCCACCAUCUUCCAUUAUUAUGCCUCCAAAGCUCUGUUCCUCCAAAUGGGUGUCUCACAUUCUUUCAAGAUUCUGCCUGCCAGUGUUCCCAUUCUGAAUUUUCAAAUGGGCAUCCUUUAAAUGAUGUCUCUCUUCAAAAUGAUGUGGCUGUAAACCCAAUUGUUGCAAAAAGUAUUGAUCCGUCAGCAGAUCUUCAGUUGCUUCCCCUAUUGGAGUCCGUCAAAGAAGAGCCCACACUGAGCAUAAUUGUAGUUGGUGCCUCAGGAGAUCUUGCCAAAAAGAAGAUAUUUCCUGCCCUUUUUGCUCUCUUUUAUGAAAACUGUCUUCCUGAGAACUUCACAGUCUUUGGUUUUUCACGAACGGAAAUGAAUGAUGAAGAGCUGCGGACUAUGAUCAGUAAAACCUUAACCUGUAGAAUAGACCAGAGGGAAAACUGUGGUGAAAAAAUGGAUCAUUUUUUGCAAAGAUGCUUUUACCAUUCUGGUCAGUAUAAUUCUGAGGAUGACUUUUCAGGAUUGGACUGUAAGCUUAAAGAAAAAGAGGCUGGUAGACUGCCAAAUAGGCUAUUCUACCUUUCAAUACCACCAAACAUUUUUGUGGAUGUGGUGAGAUGUGUUAGCCAUCGAGCUUCUUCUGCAAGUGGAUGGACAAGGGUUAUAGUAGAAAAGCCUUUUGGACGUGACUCGGAUUCUUCUCGUGAGCUAACUAGAAGCUUCAAGCAGUACUUGAGUGAGGACCAGAUAUUCAGGAUUGACCAUUACUUGGGGAAGGAGUUGGUGGAGAAUUUAUCUGUUCUACGCUUUUCAAAUCUAGUUUUUGAACCUCUAUGGUCAAGGAACUACAUCCGAAAUGUCCAGCUGAUAUUCUCUGAAGAUUUUGGUACAGAGGGACGAGGGGGAUACUUUGAUAAUUAUGGAAUAAUCCGAGAUAUAAUGCAAAACCAUCUUCUUCAAAUUCUAGCCUUGUUUGCAAUGGAGACACCUGUUAGCUUAGAUGCUGAGGACAUUAGGAAUGAAAAGGUGAAAGUGCUUAGGUCAAUGAAACCACUUAAACUGCAAGAUGUGGUAGUGGGUCAGUACAAGGGUCACAGCAAAGGGAACAAAUCAUAUUCUGGUUACACAGAUGAUCCAACGGUGCCAAACAAUAGUGUGACUCCAACAUUUGCAGCUGCAGCGUUGUUCAUCGACAAUGCUCGAUGGGAUGGAGUUCCUUUCCUGAUGAAAGCUGGAAAAGCUCUUCAUACGAAGAGAGCUGAAAUCCGAGUGCAGUUUAGACAUGUUCCUGGAAACUUGUACAAGAAAACUUUUGGGACGGAUUUGGACAAAGCUACGAAUGAGCUUGUACUACGGGUACAACCUGAUGAAGCAAUAUACUUGAAGAUCAAUAACAAGGUUCCUGGCCUUGGGAUGAGAUUGGACCGUACUGACCUUAAUUUGUGUUACAGUACUAGGUACCGGGGAGAAAUACCUGACGCGUAUGAGAGGCUACUUCUGGACGCAAUAGAAGGAGAGCGUAGAUUGUUCAUCAGAAGUGAUGAACUGGAUGCGGCUUGGUCAUUGUUCACGCCGUUGUUAAAGGAACUAGAGGAGAAAAAGGUAGCACCAGAGCUGUACCCUUACGGUAGCAGGGGACCAGUCGGAGCUCAUUAUCUUGCUGCCAAGCACAAUGUCCGGUGGGGGGAUCUUAGUGGUGAAGACUCGUGAGGGCUUUGUUGAUACUGAUUCACAUAUACACUUUCAAGAUCACUUCCAUGUAUGAUUUGUAUUGUGAAAAUCCAAGGUAUAUAUAUUUUUCAUGUACAACAACCUCCUACUAAAGCAAUGUUGAUGCUUCUGCAAUUCACACUGUAGAUCUUUUUUAAUAUAAAUUUUACAGAAAAUUCAUGUC